UUUUUUCUUUUUUCUUUCGGGCGGGAGGCAUCGCGCGGAAGCAUACGCUGUGAGACGUGUAUUGGAUUGUUGGACUGUAUUUAAUUGGUGCCUUUAUUCCUCCGCAACCGUGAUCGUCAUCCGACUCCUACAAUUCCAAGCGGCAGUAUAUGAGACACUUCGAUUGUUUGUUUUCUGCUCUUCCGACUCUCCCAGCCUUAGUCUUUCAAUAGUCCGGUCAUUAACUGCGCACUCUCUUCCACCCUCCUAUGGAUGGCAAAGACAGAGGCGACGAUUCUGGCAAGCGAAGUUCUCUGCCAAGCAGUCUAAUUCCCCAUCUAUAUUCAAGCCCACAGAAAGUCCGGAACAGCUCUACCAGGACGACGCUCCCUGAAGCUCGGGACGACGAAGACAUGGAGCCGGAGCAUCCUGGGCCCUCACCGCCGCUCCGUUCUCGCCAUUCUGCCACUACUCCUUUACCCUCUGGGCCAUAUCCCUCAAACGCCCUACGCGCUGUACAUGCAUAUGCGAGCUACGAGGCAGGCUGGCAAGGCGAUCCCUCUGUACCACCUGGCCUUGGUGGCUCUUCUUCCAUUCCACAUGGUCCGCCCAGUCGACGAGACGACGAAGACACGGUCGCUGCUCGUCAUGGCACCCCGACUUCCUUCGCUGCUCGGGCCGGCGCUCCUCGUGUAUCCUCCGUGCCCUAUCCCGCCAACGUGUAUCGUCCAUUCGUGGGGUACGAGACAGCGGCGUGGCAAGACAAUCCUACGGGCUCAUCUGCAGCUAGUCGUCCCAACGGCUCUUCUUCCGUCCCGCAUGGUCAACCCAUUCGAAGUGACCCGGCGUACUAUGUCUCCAGUUCUAGGGGACCUUCUGGCGGGUACACUCUGCAGCAUUCACCUGACUAUGCUGUUUGGCGGGAGGGGGAAGCUGGACCGUCUCACAUACGCUACGACGCCAGAGACGGAAUGAGACAAAGAUAUCCUCCUGAGCCGCAACCUAGUCCGUCUCGCGGAACGGGACACUAUGAACAGGUUUAUCGAAGGGAUUCUACGCCUCGAAGCGAACCACCGGGCCCGUCUCAUGGAAUGAGUCAAUACGACGAACGCGCCGCAAUGGCAUACCGCCGAGAACCAAUCCCUCGAGAUACAUACACGGGCGGCGGCCCUCCGGUGUCUCAGUGUACGUGUUUAUCCAUUUAUGUCGCUGUGCGUCGGGUAGAGCUGACUGAUAUUUAGACAAUCCUUAUAGUGUGAGGGCUCAGUAUCAGGAAAUAUCACCCUCACAUGGAGUGCGCCCCGGACCUGAGAGCUUGUACAGUGAGGUGCUUCCUCCACGACAAGGGCCGGCUU